AUGGCUCUCGCCGGAGUCCCAGGCAUAUCGAUUGGCAUCAUCGACGGAAAUUCUAAUACUACCGAGACCUAUCAUUUGGGCUACCGUGAUGUCGAGAACAAAUUGCCCCCCAACGACCACACGAGAUACAAUAUCAACUCACUGACCAAGGGCAUUCUGUCUGCCCUUGCCGCCGCAGAGGUCCUCAGAAGCCAAGGUGCUGACAAUGAAAUCUAUCUGCCCAGAUCUGAAGCUGCCAGGACGUUUGCUUCAUUGAAAAUGACCGAGCCAUUCAGGACUUCAUUCGAGUACAGCAACUGGAACUACGAACUCGUUGGACAAGUUCUUGAGAGGGCCACGGGGAGAACAAUCAGCGACCUGUUUGAGAAGCGCUUCUUUACACCACUGGGCAUGAAAAGGACAAGUACUUCGUGGUCAGAGUCUGAUGACAACCAGGCUAAAUCCUACGGAAUGCUUCCAGAUUUGUCUCCAGUAGAAGUAGGCCGUCCGUUUCGUGGCAAUGAUACCAUCAUGACAGCAGUUGGCGGCGUCAAGUCGACUCUCCACGACAUGCUCAUCUUCUACAAGGCCUUCAUGGAAGAAGUUCCUGUCCACUACGCAUCACUCUAUGACUCCAUUGGAUCAUAUCCUUUCAAAUACUGUCGCAUGCUCACAACAAGCCAUGCGAGCCUACCAGGGCCAUCGCUUCGAGAACAGGGUUACGGGCUGGGUUGGGUUCGCGCCGAACUCCCUGGUCCACUUGGUAGAAUGUCAGCAAAUGUGCCGAGUGGAGGAAUCAUCGUCGGCAGAGGCAGCCCGUCCCAUUUAGUGCUCUACAAUCAGGGCUGCAUGCCGGGGUCUUCGUCAGGAGUCUGGCUCAUGCCAGAAGUCAAAGCUGGGGUGGUCGUCCUUCAGAAUUCACUGGGUUUCGUUGACACGGCCGACUUCAUCGGUCAACUGUUACUCGAAACACUUUUACAACCCCCAGAGCCGAAUGACUACGUUGAUAUAUCACGACAGUUCAAUGCAAGAGCGAGAGGGUCCAUCGGCGAUGUGAAGGCUGAACUAGAGUUUUUCCACAUCCCAGGUACACACGCUCGGCCGCUGCCCUCCUAUGAAGGUCGAUUCUGGAACGAGCUUCACAACUUCUUCAUCGAUAUCGCGGUUUCUGAUACCGGGACCCUACAAAUGAAGUGGCAAGGUUUGGAUUCGCAAUCCCAUGAGCUGCGUCACUAUCACUACGAUGUCUUCUCAUGGCUCAUGGCGCCAGAAGAGAUGGUAAGGCGGGCCCUAGGCAGUCAAUUCUAUCCCGCUGAGUACUACCUUCUCGAAUUUGGCAGCGACAAGAACGGUGAUCAAGUUGAUUACCUGAGGUGGUCGAUGGACGGCAAUUGCACAUGGGACAGCACAUGGGAGAGCAAAUGGGAGAUCACAUUGGAGAAGUUGGAAUUCAGGAAACACUCGGAAAAGACGACAUCAGUUAUCGUCCUCGGCCUGGCUGUACUUGUCCUGCCCAUUCUCACGGCCGCAAUUCUUGGCCUUGUCGCCACAGCCUGCUUCUGGUCACUCUUGAUGUCCCUUACAAUCAUAUUCUUGAGUACAGCAUUACUUCCAACGGCGGUGAUCGCAGCGACGAUAUGGCUGACCUACACCACCGUGCGGUGGUCCGCCGAUUUGUUCGCCAAAGUACCAGUGGGCUCUGAGAACGAAAGCAACCAGGUUCUCAUGAAACCCGAGGCCGCGGCAAACGCAAACGAAGCUCACGCAAAGCUGGAGUUGAAUUUGUUCAAAGUUGAGGAGAAGGGAGAUGAUGGCAGGAUGUAG